AUGAAUGAUGACACUAUUCUUUUUGGAAGACUUCAAGACGCUGUCAAUACCAACAAUAUUGGCAUUACAUUACUCACAGCUUCAACUCAAUUAUUUGAUGGUCAUCUUUCGGAAAUAUUGACAGUUUCGAAAAAAUCUCUCGGCGUAUUUAGCUGUGAAGAUAAAUACUAUUUCGCUGACUCCCAUUCAUGUGGCCCUAAAGGCCAACCAACGACAGAAAAUGGCAGAGCCUGCGUUAUAGAAUGCGACAACUUGCAAGAACUUUGCCGUAUCUGCGUAGACGUAAAUUUCAGGGAAGAUCAGGCGGUACAAGUACAACAACAGGUCUCGAACCCGAUAUCUGCAACUGUCCCUAUGCAAACAUCUGUAAUGUUGCCUAUUGAUAGCGUCCAACCCGAUGUCGAAGAUGAGCUUGAGGUGUCUGAAAGACUUUGCUAUUUAAAUAUGCGUGAAUGUGACAGCUCGAGAAAAACAGUCUUUCUCAAUACUCGUAAACCGGAGCAACGAUAUGAAGUGUUGAAGUUUACUGAAGCUGGUCAAGCAGGUAGUUAUUGCGCCAAUGAACGAUAUGAAAAGCGACCAAUGGAGCACCCCGACUAUAAUUUCAACAACAUGUUGUUUAUGGAGCUUGCGAUGUUGUUUGAGCCACACUAUGCGAAACCACCAACAAUUGAUGAAGAAAGCAUAGAUACAGAUGCGUAUGCCUCUUGA